CAGUUCUCGUUAAGACUCCGACAAGGUAAAAAGUAGUUUAAUCGUCCUCUGUCUUCUUCUGAAUUUUGCAGAAAGAAAAAUAUUGUUCCCAUCAUUUUUAAAAUAAUAAAAAUCAUAGAGACACAUUACGGUGCAUCCUGUCAAAUACUCUAGGAUCAUUCUUCAACAGUUAAUUUCGUAAAUUUCCGCAAAAAAACACAGAAAAAAUGGAACAAGAACAACCAAUUUAUGCACCAUUCUUUGGAGUUAUGGGAGCUGCUUCAGCCAUCAUUUUCAGCGCCCUCGGAGCUGCUUAUGGAACAGCGAAAUCAGGAACAGGUAUCGCCGCUAUGUCAGUGAUGCGACCUGAAUUGAUCAUGAAAUCCAUUAUUCCUGUUGUCAUGGCGGGUAUCAUUGCCAUUUACGGUCUUGUCGUUGCUGUCCUUAUUGCAGGAGCUCUGGAAGAAGGAUCAAAGUACUCCUUGUACAAAGGAUUCAUCCAUUUGGGUGCCGGACUCGCUGUUGGAUUUUCAGGCUUGGCAGCAGGUUUUGCAAUUGGUAUCGUUGGAGAUGCCGGUGUUCGCGGUACAGCUCAACAACCAAGACUGUUCGUCGGCAUGAUCCUUAUUCUUAUCUUCGCUGAAGUAUUGGGUCUAUACGGUCUCAUUGUCGCCAUUUACUUGUACACCAAAUAAAUAUUUAAUAAUAAUAAUACUAAUAAUA